CGAUAUGCAUGACCUACAACAUAUAUAUGUCUCACCCAGAAGGGUACUGCACUUUGACAUGCGAAGUGAAGUCUCCAACUCGUCGAUUUUGAGCAGUGCAAGAUGAAGAUGAGAGAGCUGAGUCGAUUGCUGGUGUUCAUGGUCUCGUUGAUGACGGCUUGGGGGACGGAGGAAUCGUCCAGGAGAGGGGAACUUGACUUGGCCAGAAGACAAAUGGCCCUGCUUCGACGUCUUUACGAGAGGAAUCCGGAACUCGUCCGACAGUUUCUCGCCGGUCCGCGACGAUUCUACGGCCUUCGACAACUCAUCACGAACCCGGAAUUCAACCCCUAUGGCGAGCAAUGGUGGGAACUCCUGAACGACGAUCCCUCCUUCUCUCCUGACGAUUUCCCAUUGCUCGUGGACGGUCGUGGCUUCCACGAGUCGAUCUUCGACGAAGGAUUCGGGAGCUUCAGCCCGACGGCGAGACUCAAGAGAGAAGUUGCCGACGCUGAGAACGGGCAUCUGAUGAAAAAGAGAUCUUCUGCUUCGAGAUUGGGAUACCUCCCACCGAGAAUCUACUGGCCGGUUCGAGGGAAAAGGGGGAAGAGAAGCGCCGAAGAUCCGCAGCUCGAUUCCCUCAUCCAGUCCCUCGAAGAAGAUAGGGACGAGAAGGAGAAGCGAUUCGGAGGGAAUGCUUUCCAUGGAACGAACGCGUUCACCGGCGGAUUCGGUGAAUUCGCGACCAUGAAGAAACGAUUCGGCGGGAAUGCUUUCCACGGCACCAAUGCAUUCACAGGUGGAUUUGGGGAUUUCAGCACCAUGAAGAAACGAUUCGGCGGGAAUGCGUUCCACGGCACCAAUGCAUUCACAGGAGGAUUUGGGGAUUUCAGCACCAUGAAGAAACGAUUCGGCGGGAAUGCUUUCCACGACACCAAUGCAUUCACGGGAGGGUUUGGGGAUUUCAGCACCAUGAAACGGGCCGAGAAUGAAGAGAAUCCCUCAAACAAAUAA